AAGUCAAAGAAAAGAAAAUCAGGAUCUGGUACGGAGGCUAGCUUUUCAGCUAAUAAGGUUGGUAUAACUGAUAUUUUGAUAAAAAAAGUAGAUGAAAUGAAUGCUUUACGAGUUAAGCUUGCACAAAAUCGUAAAGAAAGGAAAGAAGCUAAACAUAAGAUGAAAAGGGUCUUAGAUUCCAACUAA